GUUUGGCGGGUUUCUGGUGAAAUCUCUGCUGUGACAUGGCUCCAUGAUCGAGGGAAUGUGUGCCAGGAAAGAGGCCGGCCUCCUCCUCCUGCCCUUGUUUGAGACUGAGGGACCGUCCCAAGCACCCGCCAGUGUAAAAGUCUCAGAUCAACGUACUUGCCCUUCCUCCGACCUCUCAAAGCAAUGGAAUCUGUUGGAACUGCAGUGACUGCUAUGUAGGCUAACAUGACAUACAGUUCUGUUUCUAUCCCUGUCUUUCAGGCUUCACAAGUUGGGAGAGGUUGAUCCCAGCCAGGAAUGGAAGUAGAGCUGACUGAAUUUUCCCUGGAAUUUCAAUAACCCAAUCAACUGUGUGUAAAUUAUUUGGUUCCCAACUUCCAGAGCAGGGUGCCGUGCUGACACUGUGUUGCAGAGGAGGAUGGGAAAGAGGCGGUGCCUUCAAGUGGAGCCAACGCUCGAGCAGAAGAUAGCAGCAGGGUGCUGCGGAGUGAAGAAGCCCAAGUUAUCGGGCAGCAAUGUGCACAACCAGCUGAACCUCCCUGGCACAGGGCUAGGCUGUGGCUCGGUGCCUGGCCUGCAGUCUGGAACAGCCCUGGGGAACCACCACAACCACAGCCAGAACCACAACUAUAGCCAGAACCAUUGCGAGAGGAACAACCGGGAGAGCAAUGGGAACCUGAACUCCUUGAACUCUGCACUCAGCCCUGUGACAGGGCUGACCACAGUGGGAAACCGUCCGAACGGGACUGGGCUCAGUGGGACCAGUGGAGUGAAUGUGAGGAACUUGGUGGUGACCGCAGAGAUGUGCUGCUACUGCUUUGAUGUGUUGUACUGUCAUCUGUACGGAUUCCCACUGCCCCGAUCACCCAGGUUCACCAAUGACCCAUACCCAUUGUUUGUAACGUGGAAGAUGGGCCGAGAUAAACGCCUGCGAGGCUGCAUUGGGACCUUCUCUGCCAUGAACCUCCAUUCAGGACUCAGGGAAUACACACUUACCAGUGCCCUUAAGGACAGCCGCUUCCCUCCGCUGACUCGUGAGGAACUUCCCAAACUCUUCUGCUCUGUUUCGCUGCUCACUAAUUUCGAGGAUGCCAGUGAUUACCUGGACUGGGAGGUGGGAGUACAUGGGAUUCGAAUAGAGUUUGUGAAUGAGAAGGGGGCAAAACGCACAGCAACGUACUUACCAGAAGUGGCCAAGGAACAGGACUGGGACCAGAUUCAGACCAUAGACUCUCUUCUGCGUAAAGGAGGUUACAAAGCUCCAAUCACAAAUGAAUUCAGGAAAGCAAUCAAACUCACCAGGUACCGCAGUGAGAAAGUAACAAUCAGCUAUGCUGAGUACAUGGCCUCCCGACAACACUAUUUUCAGAAUGGCACCCUCCAUGCUCCACCUCUCUACAAUCAUUACUCCUGACAACAGGCUGCACGACCAAUCACGGGACUCCACCUAUGACCUCAUCGGGGGUGAUGCCUCCACUUCCUGGUCUAGUUACUUUUACUACUGCACUAUUUUAUGAUGCUAGCUUCCGUUGCCAAGCACGCCUUCGGUCAGCGCUACCUCAGACAGACUUGGCAACGGAAUGCUGCGGUGAAACAGUAGAAUAUCGUUGGGGGAUGGGGAGGGAUUUCUAUCAAAUCUUGUUUCUGUUUCUAUACUUGUUUACCUAUGUUUGCCUUACUUUGGUAACUUGCAGGACUCCAAAUAUGAACUGCAGGUUUUAGUACUGAAACCAUUGAUGUGUGUAAGGUGCUCAGGCUCUUUGACAAUGGACAGCGUUUCCACAAAAUUGCUAUUUUUAGUCGUGUCUCCCUAAGCCAAAUGGCAAGGUCAUUGGUUUCGAUUUUAAUGUAUGACACAAUUCCCCAAAACGCUGGUCAAAAUAGAGGAAAAUUCCAAAAUCCUGUGCAAUGAAAAUGGAGUUUGAAUUUAUUCAGUCAGCAUGUACCAAUGGUCUGCCAAAAGGUGCGACUGAAAAUAGGGCCAGGAUAGAAACGUUUUCCUUUGUUCCUUUCAAAGUCCUGUCUCCUGUGACACAAGUAUUAACUUGAAGCAUAUAACAGGAUUUCAAGCCGACAUGUUGUGCGUAAUUGCCAACUGCCAUUAGGCAUGCGAUUACGUGUUGCAUGCCUGCAGGUCAAGUAAAAAACCAAGUGUAGAUGCUGGAUUUCUCUGCACAUUAUACAAGAGUACAGCACAGACCCAGUUCCAGCAGUCACUCUGGCAAUAAUCCGGUUAUCUUUUAUUCAACAGUAUUGGAGGGGCAGUAAAAUCUAAUAAGGUAUUUUUGUUGGCCUCAUUUACUACUUGUAUAUCUAUAGCCCAAACGUACACGUUUUGUGAAUGAAAACCCUUUGAUAAAGUGAAUUGUAUU